ACUGUUUUUAGAUUACGAAGUGGUGGCUAGGGAGGGGGAAGCCUCAAGCGAUUAGGAUUGACGGUGAAGGCUGGACAGAUCUGGUUGAAGAUCUGUACCAAUGUUGAUGAUCGAGUGUUGAGAUAAAGGGACGACGAAAGGUAUAAAUUGGUCGUGUCUGCUCGUCGAGAUACAGCUUCAUCAUCAACAUCAACAUCUUCACAAGCCAUCAGAUCCAGUCUUCACCAAAGAACUCUCUCUUUCACUCUUCCACUCUUCUACUCUUUGACAUCUUCAGAAAUCCACCAACCACUUCAUAUAAAAUGAAGUCCUUCACCACCAUCAUUGCCUCCAUCCUCAUCGCCGCCGUCUCGGCCGCCCCUGCCCCGGUGGACAUUGAGGCCCGGGUGAACAGCGUCACCGUCUCCCUCGCCAACGACCAGAGCGGAGCCAACGCCGGCGUGCCCAUCCCCGGCGACGGCGUCACCCGCAGCAUCCAGACCCUCUACGGCGGCACCUCGGUCGGCUCCAGCGGCAAGGUCCUGGCCUCUUCGGCCCAGCUGACCAACUUCGCGCAGUGGUCGAGCUGCAACAUCGUCAACGGCGGCAGGAGCAUCGCCUACCUCAACUCCCAGCGCACCUUUGCCGAUCUCGAUGGCAAUCCGAACGCUGCGACUCCUGUUGACUUGAGCGGUGCCACCAUCACUUGCUGGGCUUGAGUUAUUGAAUGUGAGAGUGAGAAGUGGAGCGGGGCUGGGAUUGACGGGUCGAGGGACUGGGGGAUCAUCCUAGACAGAUGAUGGAUCUUUCGGACUGCUUUGCAUGACUGUCAUUUUGUUCGCUUUUUGUCUGGCCAGACGGGGGAGAUGCUCUUUUUGAUUUCGUGUUUUGGUGAUGAUGAGCGGUUUGCGCAGCGACUAGAUAUAUAUGCAAUGACACUCCUUCGCAUUUCUUGUGAAUA